AUGGCGCUAUCAAAGAAAAAUCCGCCCCUUCUCCCUCCGCGGAAAAUACUAGUCAUUGUUACAGCUGGUGGCUCAACAAACUCAGCUCCCAUUUUCGAAGUUUGCAAAUAUCUUCAUGAACGAGGACACACCAUCGAGUUCGCCACUUUCGCUGGCCGUGAGGGCUAUGCCAACCCUUAUCCGUUUGUCUCCGCCGUUCAUGUAGUAGGACGUGCCAUCACACCAGAGGAAGAAGACAAACUCUACAUCCUCUUUAGCGAGUGGAGCUGGAGUGGCAAUGGCCUUCGAAAUUGGAUCGAGGGCAAGAAGUUCUUCGACGCCUUCUGGUCCGAGACCUACGAAAACCUAAAGCGUGUCAUCGAGACCACACGGCCAGACUUCCUCUUUGCGGAUUUCCACGUCGACGCGGCUCGGGACAUGCAGAGAGAGUACAAUCUCCCUCUAGCCACGAUGUGGCCCCAGUGGCCGUACUUCAUGUGCCCUGUGCCCUACAUCCCUGGCCGCGUAGGUCUUGAGCCCCGGGUUCAGACCAGCGAGCAUGCGAGCAUGUGGGACCGCUUCAACCAAGACAUAUACUUGCUGAAGCACCCAAUUGCCUUCGCCGAUCUCUUCCUGACGACAAAGAGAAUGCGCGCAAAGAAGGGGCUGGGUAUGCUUCCUAUGUUCCCUAAGCCGGAUCACUUGAUGUUGGUGAACUCCUUCGUUGGCCUUGAGACGCCCAAGGAGACGCCACCUUUGCUACAUGCUAUCGGACCAAUUUUGUCAGAUGAAUACACUCCGUUGGAUGCAGAGCUUUGCAAGUUCUACCAGACUCAUGACAGAACCAUGUUCGUCGCAAUCGGCACGCAUGUAAUUCUCUCUCGCGAGCGAUUGCAAAGCUUAAAAGAGGGCAUCAUCUCUACCCUACAGGCAGGCCACGUAGAUGGUGUUGUUUGGGCCAUACGCGGCGCUAGCAAGGCUGCUUUUGCAGCUCUGACUGACAGAGUGGUUCACACAAAGUCAGACGGCAGCCACAUCACUCUCGGUAGCACUGAGCUCCUCGAGAACAAGCAUCCGCAUCUCAAGUUUGUCGACUUUGCCCCUCAACGAGCAGUACUUGCGCACCCCUCUACUCGGCUCUUCUUCAGCCAUGUUGGACCCUCGUCAGCGAACGAGAGUCUUUGGCACGGCGUUCCCAUGCUCAGCAUGGGGAUUUAUGGAGAUCAGCUGCCCCGAGUUCUUGCUCUUGACUCAGCUGGGGUAGCGUUAUCCGUGAAGAAGGAGACUUUCACUCCGGCGGAGAUUGAAGAGAAAGUUGGAAAACUCAUGCGUGAUGAAGAAGGUCACUUUCAACGUAAUGCGCUCCGAAUGCAACGCAUUGCGAAUCUAGCGAGUCGCCGAAAGGUGCUCGCGGCGGAUCUCAUUGAGGAGUUUAUGUACGAUCACGAACUGAGAUUCGAGAUCUGUCGCGACGAUGAGAUUGCCAAAAAGGAGAAUGGAGCAAGUGGUAGCUGGGCCGUCCACACUGCCAUCCGUGAAGCAACCUACUGUUGCGGCGUCAUCCUUUAUCAUUCCCGAUCAAUGGAGCCAACAUCCAUCCCCAAGUCUGCGCCGUUCCAUUUACCCCGCCAAUAUGGUUUGAAGCCAUUCAGCUUCGGCAUCAUUGGAGGCGGUUGGUAUGGCUGUCACAUUGCAACCUCCCUUCGCGCCCUCGGAUUCAGAGUAAAGUUGUUUGAGCAGCACGAUCGUCUCUUACACGAAGCUUCAGGCAACAACCAAUUUCGCCUCCACAUGGGCUUCCAUUAUCCCCGACAUAGCGAAACGCGCAUCCAAUCUCGAGACGGCUUCUUACGCUUCAUCGAGCGAUACCCCGACCUUAGCCGCAGCGUUCCGAACAACAUCUACGCGGUCCCCGCCCAUGACUCACUUCUCGACUAUGGCACAUAUCGAACCAUCAUGGCUUCGAGCGGCGUCCACUUUACAGAGGCCUUGCCGACUAGUGUUGAGCUCACCAAUGUCUCUGGGGUCGUGUGCACCUCUGAGCGCGUGCUUCUUCUUACUAAGGCUCGCGCCUACUUCGAGGCGGAGCUGAAAGACGUGCUAGAACUGGGCCAUCGCAUACGUCGAGUUUAUGAUGCAGGAGACGCUGUAUAUGUCGACGACGAGUGCUUCGACUUUGUCAUCGAUGCCAUCUGGGGCCACUACAGCAAACCCGAUAUCCCUGUUGUCUAUGAGCCGACAUUACUACUCUACUACGAAGGCCCGCCAGACUUUCCAGCUCUAACAUUGGUUGACGGACCGCUUUGCUCAGUCUAUCCCACCGAAGCUCCUGGACUUUUCACUUUAUCCAGUGUUCCGCAUACGCCUCUGGGCCAAUUCGCGACGGCGGAAGAAGCACAAGCUGUUCGCGAUGGUAUAUGCAGUGAGGUCAUCAAGGAGAAACGAUUUCUCAUGGAAAAGCAAUAUGAGAAUUACCUCCCGUCAUUCUCCCGGCUUUUCCGAUACGUCGGCCCACAACUUGCCAUCAAGACUAAGGCUGCCGGGGCGCAUGACGACCGCACAUGUGCAGUUUCACGACAUGGCCGCAUGUUUUCUGUAAUGUCGGGUAAGAUCGAUACAGUCUUCUUCGCAGCCGAGAGGAUUCUAUCGUUGAUAGAAGUAGCUCAAGCUUCAUCUGUGAAGGACACAUUGUCUUCUUUGAGGGAGGACAUUGUGACGGUUAACACAAGAACCCAUUUGAAUGACACAGGGAGGAGGUUCAGAGGCGACGAGAUAUUUGGGCACAGCCAGCUGUGA